CUAAUUUAGCCUGCUGCUCGAGCCCCCUCCAUAUGCAAUGUCUUUUCAAAAUCUUUAAUGGUCUCGAAUUUGGGCCAGCCUACGACAGCCUACGACAGUUCACCCUGACAAACGCUGUCAAAGCUUCGAUGCUAUUCUCUCACGUCGGCCAUGAGUAGAGCCGGGCAGCGAGCCCCCUCCAAGCCCCAUGAUUGGGCGCAAUGGGCGGCGAAGGAAGGUAUAACGGACCAGUCGAUACACGACGAACGGCUUGUUUCUGCCUCCAAAUUUCAAGCACGCCACUUCCUCCUUCUGCGAGUUCUAUGGACACAAUGGCUACAGCCCGCGAAGGAGAUGUUACGGGGCUAUAACUCCUGGAAGGCAUAUCUGGAUAGUUUCGAUGUCGAUAUAGACCAUAUUGGCGAAGGGAACUUUUUCAGCGCGAAAAGAAGUCAGUUCAAGGCCGAUCAUGUGAGUAACACCCAAGAAACCAGCGACGUGAUCGUUUCCCCGGUCUCCAAACAUACGUGUCCAAGAGCUAGGCAGAGACGCGAAGAACUAGCAUCCACUCCGUCAAAGACAACCCAAGCUGCAAUGGAAUCUUUGAUACUUGGAGACGAUGAUCCGAGCGAUAUAGAUCCAUUCACCCCGGAAGGAAUAUUCGAAGACAGUGCUUCAGACAGCAGUCCUCUUUUGUCGAUAGGUUCUCGUGGACCCCCAGAACUUUGGAAAGAUAGGUAUCCAGAUGCGGAAGACGAUUUCCCCUCUGUUUCGAGCAAGUGGACCUCGCACCGAAAAGCAUUCAAGCCUCGCUUUACCAAUACACAGUACGAAGCAAGGACAGAUGGUUAUCUCCGCGGUAAGGCCGGGGAUAACUCUUUAGGAGUACGGAUGCAAGAGAGCGCUCAGAUGGUGGCUUGGAUAAAGUUGAACCCGCACACUCCUGGAAACCUGCCUCAUCGAUACGUCCAUGUGUCGCAAAACAGGCAUGAGAUCUGGCUGAUAUUUGCCGAAUACAAUGGAAAGUAUCUAGAUUAUCUGGAGGGGAAGUGCAAGGCAACCGACCCUUUGUCCUUCCUCACAAUGCACGAGGUUGGUCCCUUUGACACAAUGAAGAAGCCGCAUAUGGAUCAUCUUGGUCUUAUUGUACUUGCUCUCGUGCUUCGUGCGGAUCAUGACCGUGAAGAGGAGCUAAGGACUCAGGGUCGGUAGCUCGAACUUCCCCAGGGAAGAUGCAGAUGUGGAAGGAAAUUGCCAUAGCAUAGCAGGUUCGGCACAUUGGGGCCCGUCCAGUUUUACAUGUCUCCAGUGACCACUUGUUUGUAGUACUGGUCCGAACAAGUCAUUUGCUUAUUCUGUUGAAUCAAGUGCAAAACACGAGACUCAUCUCUCCAGCCACUAGUUGUACGUAGUUUACAAGCUACAUCAUGUAACCCUGAUAUGAAACCCUUCAAUCCCAUCGACAGGGAAGACUGGGCGAUUAACGACAGGUCAGCUCCUUCUCGGGGAUCUCAUUGACCUCGGCGGUCACGACAGAAUGCCGGACCAGUGAGGCCCUGCUACGCACGUCAACAUCAUCCCGGAUGGUAGACAACGUGGGCGG